AUGCCUCCAUUAAAUAAAUUCUUCAAUAAUGUUCGUGGGCGUAAGAGGGGAAUGGACAAGAAUUUGACUGCCAACUUAAUCCGUCAUGAAUACAUUGUUACUGGAGAUGUUAAAGCAAAAAGAGCUCAGUCUAAGAUUGAAUCGUUUCUUGCGAAAACCAUGAACAUUGAAAGAACCAAGGAAAAUGAACCGUUAACAGCACAAACUCUUAGUCAACGUAUUAAGGAAAACUCAGAACUUGAAUACCUUCAAGCAGCAGAAAGAGAUGAAGUUGCCUCGAAAUUAAUUUCUAAUUUGGCUGGAUCGACAUUGGGUUACAAGAGAACCCAUGGCUUCACCAGAAUUUUGAAAUUGGAGCCAAGACUCGGAGAGGACAAGGCACCUCAAUCUGUCUUAGAAUUAGUAGAUUCAGAAUAUUCCAUUUUCUUCUGGUACAUUGCCAAGACUGUAGCCAGAUUGGAGUUACAAGGGUUGCCUCUUGACGAGUUGACUAGCCAUAAUGUCAAAAAAUUAGUGCAAUUUAAAGAAGAUGGUGAGUCAAGGUUUAAAGAAGCAGUUGAAAAGAGUAAAGCUGAAUUUUUCCUGUACAACGCGGAGACAGGGGAGAUUGAAAACCAAGAGAUCAAAGAUCAACUCCUUAGAAAUAUUCCUAACCCAGUCAAGGGAGAGGUUUCAUUAUUGGGAUCAAAGAAGUAUAAGAUUAUGGAGAGAAAGGCAAAGCCUGAGUUUGAGUUACCAAAGAGUCCAUUCUUGAAGUAA